AUGCCCAAAAAGACCAGAGAAAGCAGAGAAACAACAGCUUCUGCUGCCAAAUCCACUCCAACAGCUGCCCCAGACUCCUCUGCCUCCCUCAGAAGGAAACCCAGAUCCAAAGCCCCCACUGGCCAUCCAACCAAAAAGAAAUUCUCUUUAAUCAACAUUUGGAUUGCUGGUGCUUGUUUGAAGAUACUUCUUUUCACUGCCUACUAUUCCACUGAUUUUGAUGUUCAUCGCAAUUGGCUAGCAAUAACCCACAAUCUACCCUUGAAAGACUGGUAUUUGGAGCACACGUCGCAGUGGACUUUGGACUAUCCCCCAUUUUUUGCAUAUUUUGAAUGGGCUUUAUCUCAGUUUGUUCCCCAAAUUGUUAAAGACGAUGGUUGUUUGUCAAUUGUGGAAGUUGGCAACUUUUCUGUUCCAACUGUUUAUUUUCAAAGGUCGACUGUAAUCGUCUCUGAAAUCUUGUUGUUUUUAAGUCUACAAUGGUACAUUAAAUCAUCAGAAUUGAAGGAAAAACAGAAAAGCUUUGUUGUGGCAAGUUCCAUAGUUCUAUCACCAGGUUUCUUGAUGAUAGACCAUAUUCAUUUUCAAUAUAAUGGCCUUUUAUUUGGUCUACUAAUUUGCUCCAUUGUAUCUGCAAAAAAUCAAAAAUUCUUGCAAUGUGGUUUCUUCUUCGCUGUUUCUUUGUGUUUUAAACACAUUUUCUUAUAUUUAGCUCCAGCUUUUUUCAUUUUUCUACUUCGUUCAUGUUUAAAUAUUGAAAAUACUAAAAAUUUGAAAGGUUUGAAAAAAAGAAAAUGUUCUAAUCUUGAAUUAUUGUUCAAACUAAUAAACUGGAAAAGGCUCUUUGGCUUAGCUAUAAUUGUAAUCUCUGUUUUCACAGUUUCUUUUGGUCCUUUUGUCUAUUAUGGUGUUACAAACAACUUAUUUAGAAGAUUAUUUCCAUUUUCAAGAGGUCUUACUCAUGCCUAUUGGGCACCAAACAUCUGGGCAAUUUACUCAUUUAUCGACAGGCUCUUAAUCCAAUUAUGUUUAAAUGUUCCAAUUGCUCCAAAAAUACUAAAUAAACUAGGCUUUGCUGAAUCUACCACAUCGGCUCAAUCAAUCAAGUCUUUAAUGCUAAACUCUUCAUCAACUAAGGGUUUAGUACAAGAUAUAGAAUUUGUCAUAUUGCCAAAUGUCCCUCCAAGCUUAACCUUUUUCUUAACUAUCUUCUACCAAUUUUUUUCUUUCAUUCCAUUGUUUAUAAAACCAACUUUCAACAGAUUCAUUGGUUGCUUAACAUUGUGUGGCUAUUCUUCCUUUUUAUUCGGCUGGCAUGUUCAUGAAAAAGCAGUAUUACUCAUUAUCAUCCCCUACUCUUUUUUGGUCAUUAAAGACAAAAGACUACUAUUAACAUUUGAUCUACUAAUAUUUGCAGGCUAUGUCUCAUUGUUCCCUCUACUAAUUAAAUCCAAUGAAUGGGUCAUAAAAGUACUUUAUACUUAUGUUUGGUUACUAAUUUUUUAUAAAUCUUUCGAUGAGAUUUGUUCUUCAAGCUCCUCAUUGAUGACAAGAAGGGUCUUUUAUUUAGAUCGACUGAUAUUGAUGUACAUAAUCGGUUUUAUCCCCUUGGUUUUGAUCUGCUCAUUUCUAGACAUCUUUGCAAUUAAGAUACCCAUUAUUAAAAAACUAGAAUUUUUAAGAUUGAUGGCUUACAGCGUCUAUUGUUCAGUUGGAAUUGUCAGCAGUUGGUGUGCUUUGAAUUGGUUGUACUUCCUUGAUGAAAGUUUAUGGAACUAA